CAUCUUCAACAAACCUCACUGCUUUUUAAUCGGUGAGCCGGAGGGUUAAAUCGGGACAGAAUCUGGUCUCUCUCUGCGUGGGGGGAACCUCACCGAGGUGGCAACGUGGGGCAAUAUUUCCUCGGGGCUGCCUCCCUGAUGCUGGGAGCAGGGCGCUGUAGGUGCUCUCAGCUCCAUCCCCAGCUCUGCCGGCGGCUCUUGGCACACUGAUGACAAACUGGCUUCCAAAAAUAGCUCGGCGGUGGCAAGCUUUCAUCUCCUGCAACUCUCUGAGCAUGCUCGGGAAAUGAGCAGAAAUGUGCCCGAGUUCGUAAUCUGCACUACGGAAGAGACUUGUCACUUGGAGUGAGAGGUAGAGGCGAGAAGCAGCUGGUGUGUGUAUGUGUGAGGGGAGCCCACUCCUGUCCCACCGAUAAUGUCUACCUUGAAGGCGGUGACCCACAACUCCCUUGUGACUUCAUCCCAACUGUGCUUCUCCAAUGAGAGAAUCCCAGCAUCAGAAUCACAGUGACCUGUUGCUUAACUUGAUGCAUGAAUUCAGACACUGCAUGUCAAAUUGCCAGCCGUUAAGAAAGGAUUUGACUUCAAGGCGUUCCGUUGACUGCAUGAAUCCUUUCUCGCAGGAGUUGAACCAGCUAGCUGAUUAUCUUCAGGAAGCUUUACAGCGUGAACAGCUCCUGGAACAGAAGCUGGAGACACUGCAGUAUCUGCUGACACACACACAGCUCCUCUCGGACAAUGUCUGGCAGGACACUCAGGCUGAAUGUGCUGAUCUGACAUUGAAAACCAGAGACUCACUCAGAACAGACUUGGAAAUCAGGACUGAACAUAAAAUCACUAAGGUGAAGAUGGAGGGCCUGCAAAGUAAGGGCAACCACGACCUUCUCACUCUGUUGAAAGUAGAGAACACAGAAGAGGAGAGAAACGAUGAGAACGAAACUCCAGAUAGCAAAGAUACAGCCUUACCUGAUGCUGACAUGGAGGAUGGGCUGAACAAGAAACGUCGAAGACCCACUCUACGCAAAGAGAAAAGACUUCAGGAAUCGAAGAUUCUGCGUAAACAAGCUAUGAUUAGAGAUAUGAGCGAGAAAGGUCCCCCAGAUGUAAAGGUCCUGCGUCAGCAAGCAAUUGUCCGUGAUAUAAGUGGUGAUUUGUUGGCGUGUGAAACUAAAUCAUGUGAAUCAACAUCAAGCACCAUAACAAGUGUCACAGAGUCAUGUAUGAAGUCAGCUGAUACUCCAGUAACUGAGAUGACAUCAAUUACCCCAAUUGUGGUCAAUUCAACCAAGGCCAAUGUUUCCGAGGUCACUAGUGCUGAUCAAAUACUGUCUGAGGUCAUGUCAACUGAUUCCAAGCCAUCAGACAUCAACUCCGCCAUUCCCAAAGUGUCUGAGAUCAAUUUAGCCAAUUCAAAACCAACCGAGGUGAUGUCAGCCGAUCCCAAACCAUCUACUAUCAAGUCCACUCAAUCAGAUGUCCAGCCAAUCAUUUCCAAGGUGUCUGAAGUCAAGUUAGAUGAUUCAAAACCAUCUGAGGUCAAGGGACCUGAUCCCAAACCAUCAGCGAUUGAGUUACUUGAUCCCAAACAACCGGAUGUCAAGUCAACUGUUCUGAAACCAUAUGUGGACAAAUCUGUUGAUCCUGAACAACAUGAGGCAAAGCAACCUAAUUCUAGACCAUCUGAGGUCAAAACGGUUGAUUCCACACUGUCUGAGGACAAACCUGAUGAUCUCAAACCAUCUGAACCCAAAUCAACUGUUCCCAAACCCUCUGAGGUCAACUCAAUUGAUGUCAAACCAACUGAAGUCAAGUCAGCUGAUCCCAAAAUAUCAACGGUCAUGUCAGUGGAUCCCAAACCAUCUGAGAAAAAGGCAUUUAAUCCCAAAACAUAUGAGGUCAAAUCAGCCAAUUCCAAUUUUUCCGAAGUCAUGUCGGCUGAUCCCAAGCCAUGUAUGGACAAGUCAGUUGACUCUAAACUAUCUGAAGUUAAGGUAUUUGAUCCAAAACCUCCUGAGGCCAUAUCAUUUGAUCUCAAACCAUCUGAGGCUAAGGUAGUCGACCCUAUACUUUCUGAGGUCAACAUGAUUGAAUCUAAACUAUCUGAUGUAAAAUCAGCGGAUCCUGGAAGAUCAGAGAUAAAGCCAGCUGAUCCCAAACCUUCCAAGGUUAAGUCAGCUGAUUUCAUACCUGCUGAAUUCAAGUCAAUGGAUACCAAAUUCAAGUCAAUGAAUCCCAAAUCUGCUGAGUUCAAGUCAAAGAAACCCAAACCAGCUGAGGUCAAGUCAAUGGAUCCCAAACCAUCUGUGAUCAAACCAAUUGAUUGUGAACCAGAUGAGGACAAGUCAGUGGAUCCCAAGCUGUCUGUGGUCAAGUCAGUGGAUCCCAAGAUAGCUGAGGUCAAAUCAAUGGAUCCCAAACCAUCUGUGGUGAUGCCAAUGGAUCCCAAACCAUCUGUGGUCAUGCCAACGGAUCCCAAACCAGCUGAGGUCAUGUCAAUGGAUCCCAAACCAGCUGUGGUCAAGUCAAUGGAUCCUAAAUCAGCUGAGGUCAUGUCAAUGUAUCCCAUACCUACUGAGGUCAAGUCAAUGGAUCCUAAACCUGCUGAGGUCAUGUCAGCGGAUUCCAAAAUGUCUGAGGUCACAUCAGUGGAGUCCGAACUGUCUGAGGCCAUGCCAGGUGAUCCUAAAUCAUUUAAGGUUAAGUCAACAAAUCUUACACCAUCUGAAACUAAGGCAGUUGACCCCACAGUGUCUGGUGUGAUGGCAGCCAGUGUGGAUCUAAAUGAUGUGAUGACAUGUGUCCACAAGUGUUAUGACCAAUUAGUAAGUGCUCCUGAAGUAUUUGGUGUGAGGUCUGGGACUAUAACAAUGACUGACAAUAUGAUAGACUUGUUGGAAUUGGAUGUAUUGAGGUCACAAAUUAAGCAGCUACAAAAGGAGUUGGAGGAAUCUCAGGAGCAGGCUUGCAGACAUCAGAAGAACUACCUGGACUUACAAGGGUUGCUGGAGGAGCAGAGAUUGGCCAAUGUGCAACAAACUGAAAACUUUGCCAAACAGAUCCAGCGUCUCCAAGCACAGCUCCGGUCUGUUCAGGAGGAGAUUGACAGUUUGGAGGAGGAGAAGGAGAGUGAACUGAUGGAGGCUCAUGAGGAAUUGCACUGUGCACAGGAGGAGAUUGUGAACCUGCGACAGGCAGCUGAAGAGGCUGCUGGAGAGCGGGAGAAUGAGAUCGCUACACUGCAGGAGGAGCUGUGUCGUAUCCGAGCAGAGCUGGAGCAUCUUCAGCAAACAACACUGGAGUAUGAGCUGGAGAUUACCACCCUGCGGGCAGAGAUACAGAUGAAGAGUGACAGUCAACAGAAGAAAAACUCAGAAGAGGUCACCCAACUUCAAGGUGCGGUGCAGAAUCUGCAGGUCGAGUGUCGGAAUCUGGCUCAAGAGUGUCGAGUUCUACAGGAUGACAACAAACAGCUGAGGGAAAGCUUGCAACAAAUGGAACAGCAGAGCCACAGAUCAAAUGAAGGAUUUAAGACAGACAUUCAAAAGACUGAAAGCCGACGACAGAAGUAUGAAAUGGAAGCUAAGGGCUUGCCCUGGAAAGAAAGUGGUAAAGGGCCAAAUGUAGCAGGUUUAAGUCUGCAGAAGAACCUGAGCCGCACACAGAAAGAUCAGGAGAAAUCAUGUGACAAAAUAGCUCCAAGUGAUCAAGUCUUUUUAAGGGAUCAGCUUGAAGAUGGGCGGGUGCUCAAAGAGCAACAGAUCCCUAAGGAUAGAAGCAGUGGAGAUAUUGUAACAUCGACUCAGAAGGACCAGAAAGUGGAAAGCAUUGAACUUGGAUCUCAAAGUCCCCAGAGGCAUGAAGAGCGAGGUCUGAUUGAUGAAUUGGGUUUGAGACACCGACUCCUACAGGCAGAAGAGAAGGCUCUGUCAGUCCAACAUGAGUGUGAAGGAUUAAUCACUGAACUGAGAGCACUGGAGGAAAGGUACAGAAGUAGCCAAGAGGAACGCAGCCAAUUGGAGUUGCAGCUCAGGCAGUAUAAGGAAGAAAUACACAAACUCAAAGGGACUCCUCAUCAGAAUGCCACUAUUCCUGACCCCCCUGUGCUCUCCUUACCUGUGAUAGGACUGGUUGUACUGAUGGCUGUGCUGUGGUGCUGGUGGGCUGAGACCUCCCGGCAUUGACCAGACUCGGUUUGGAGGGAGGAUUCCAUUAGUGCUGGUUAUUGCUACAGCUGGUCAAUCUUCUGUGUUCCAGCCUCACUGCUAACGUCUCAACAACCAAACUAGCAUAAUGCUUACCUGCCUCCCAGCUCUCCAAGUUCCUGCUUCUUUACUCUUCUUUCUCUUCCUCUUCCUUCCUGCUUUGAUACCUUCCUCCCCUCCUUUUUUUUCUCACCCAUGGCUUGCUGUAUCCCCUCUCCCUUACCCCUCUUCCCCACCCCACUCUCCCUCCAACACUUCCUUCCUCCCUUCGUGGUUUCUUCCUCAAACCUUCACUUCCCCUCCACUUGUCUUAUCUUCCUUCAUCUCUCUCCUACUCCUCACCCUCCUUUCCUUGUCCCCACUUCCGAUUUCCCCUUGAUUUCUUAGCCUCUGUUUGUUAGUUCUGCACUCUUCUCAGUGCCCUGUUUUAUAGUAUGCUGCUGGGCAUAUUGAACUGCUGCUACACUGGGAAUUCUCCUGGACUGGGAACAGAGCUGUACAUAUCAACGUCUCUGGAAUUUCUGAACGAUCACACAUUGGCUUCGUGAUGUGCACUGCACCCCAUUCUUUCCCUGCUUCCUCUGAAAGGAUUAGACUGCAAUGCAAUUCUCUUUAUAUGGAAUGAAAUGAGCAGCAACAGUGCAUGAUGCAGUCCAGAGCUGGGUUGGGUCAGCUAAAUCUGUGCUUAAAAUGAUUGGACUCUAGUUAGAAACAAGGGUAAAACUAAGGACUUAAGAUUGUUCCCCUAUUUCUAAUGAUUUUUCCCAUCAGCAGAGAGAACCCCAUUUAUCCAAAUCAGUUCCAAUAAUAUGUUAAUGUUCUGUGGCAUCUCAUUGUGGUUUGACUGUUGAUUGAUAGAUUAAUUGACCUUCAAAGAUUUACCCUCAGUAAUUAAUUGUCUCUCAGUUAUUGCACCUUGCUUAUUGAUUCACAGUGAUCUACCCUCAGUGAUUGACCUCUGGAAUUGCCCAGUGAGGAGAGGGCCACAGUGAUCUUUCGUCAGUGAUCGCCCCUUAGUCUUUGACCCACAACUAUUGCCCUGCACUAUUUGUCCUGCAGUGAUUUUGAAUAUGGUGGAGAGCUCCUCAUGGUUGCUAUUCAGUACUUCCAGCUGAGUUCAGCCUUGUUGCUUCCCCUUGCACGGAUUAUCCUUGGUGGUAGUUGGUGAUUGGCAGUUUGAGCUUAUUUUAGUGAUGACCAUUUAGCAAUUUGAGUUCAGAGAUUAAUUCUUGGUGAUUUACAGAGUUGCAGUUAUGGCUGCAAACAUUUUAUUCUUGUGCUAUGGCAACCUAGUGCCCAGAUCCCACCACUCCCACAAAAUAUGCUGUGUUUUGUUUGAACAUUAAAACAACAAUAAUGAUCUCUUCUUAAUGUUCUUUUCCCCAGCAACACCUGUUCAUAAUCACUCCUCCUAAUCUCACACUUCCACCCCUCAAUUAUUUUGUUUGCUCCCUUUACUAUCUUCUCUGUACUAUGGUCACUGUAACUGUACACUGUAUUCUAAGAGUGGUUGCAUAAAUUUGGUUGAGUUAUAAAGUGAGGUCAUCUUUUAAUAUAUCCCAACAUCUUAUUUUAUCAAUAAACUGCAGCUAUCAAUACCCCUGGUCCCUUUCAUUAUUCACCUUCUUGCUUUUCAUUUAAGGAAUAUUCCCCUCUUGGAUUUUCAUUCCUAAGUGAAGCACUUUGCAUUUCUCUAUAUUAAAUUGAAUCUGCCGACAGUCUGUCCGAUUCCCAGCAUAACACAGAUCCACUUGUAGCUUACCUUGUUCAGCUUUAGGGUCUACCACAUCUCUUAACUUUGUACCCCGUGUAAAGUUAGCAAAUAUGCUUGUGAUUUCUUAGUGCAAAGUCUUGUAUUUUUUAAAAUUUGUUUAUAGUACGCGGGCGUUGCUGGCUAGGCAAGCAUUAGUUACCCGUCCCUAAUUGCCUAGAGUACAGCUGAGAGCCAACCACAUUGCUUGGGUCUGGAAUCACAUCUAGGUCUGACCAGGUAAAGACAGCAGAUUUCCUUCCCGAAAGGCUGUUAAUGAAACAGGUGGGUUUUUCCAACAAGCCACAGUGGUUACGUGGUCACCAUUAGGCCGGUUUGUUAUUCCAAAUUUUUACUGAGUUCAUAUUUUGUAACCUACUAUCGUGAGGUUUGAACGCAUGUCAGCAGAACAUUAGUCCCUGGUCCUGGAUUACAAGUUUAAUGGAAUUAUCACAACGCUAUCACCUUUCCCCAAAGGUGCUAUAUCCAGUAAAAUUUAGUGUAGAAUUACAUGAUCUACGCAAAAGUAUUAUACAAAGUAAUACACAAUAUGCUGUUUAUACAGAAUGUUAUAUUCACUGAAACAUCAUGUUCAAUAAUAUAUAGACAUCUGUGAUUUAUAACAUAUACACAAGGUGCUGUAUACUCUAACAUAAGGUAUAUACACACACGUGUGUAACACCUACAAUGCUAUGUGUAUUAUGUAGUAAAUACAGGAGUCAGGAACGGUUAUUGCUUAGGAGACCAUUCAGCCUGUUAGGACCAUGCUAGCUUUUUGCAAGCGUAACUCGCUUCGUCUUGCUGUAUUGCCUUUUCCCCACAGCCUUGCUAAUUUUUUUUCUUCAGACAAUGAUCCAGUCCACUUUUCAAAGCCAUGAUUGAAUCUGUCCCCAUAACUCUCUCAAGCAUUGCAUUCCAGAUGCUAACACAAGCUUUAUUUUCAUGUUGCUGCCACUGUUGCUUCUUUUAUCAAUUACCUCAAAUCAGUAUUUCCAGUUCUGGAUCCUUUUACCAACGGCAACAGUUUCUCCCCAUUUACUCUGUCCAGAUGCUUUCAUGAUUUUGAUCCAUAACCAGCAACACGUUGCAUUUUAUUACAUUACCAUAUUGUAUAUACACAAGUGUUAAACCCAUCAAGAGGUGCUGUAUGUAUUAUUGAAUAUAUACAGGUCUCAAGAGUUGCAGCAUAUGCAAUAAUGUACAGUAAGAGCUUGUGUUGGAGAACCAGAAAAUCAUGCAAACCAAUGUCAGGUUCCUGCCCGUAAGUAUGAUUUCACUUUGAGACUGUCUGCUAUGCUGGACUGAUAGAAUCAUAGAAUACCUACAGUGUGGAAGCAGGCCAUUCAGCCCGUUGAGUCCAUACUGGUCCUUCAAAAAACAUCCCACCCAGACUCACCCCUCUACUGUAUCCCUGUAAUCCUGCAUUCCCAUGGCUAACCCAUCUAGCCUGCACAUAACUGGACAAUACAGGCAAUUUAGCACGGCCAAUCCACCCUAACCAGCACACCUUUGGACUGUGGGAGGAAACUGGAGCCCCUGGGGGAAACCCAUGCAGACAGGGGGAGAAUGUGCAAACUCCACACAGACAGUCGCCCAAGAUUCCUGGGUAUUCUGGCUGCUGUGUCCCUGGAGGCUGCAGUGAAAUACUCACACUACAGCAACAACUGGUUGAAUGAAACUGGCGCUCUCCCUGAUCCAUUUCCAUGUACACCAUUUGAAUGUUAAAACUGUUGUAGUUGGUUGGCUCGCUGAGCUGGUUCAUUGUUUCGCAGACGUUUCGUUACCAUG